CAUGGCCAAGUUACACAAGUUUACUUCGAUAAAGGCUGAGGAAGAUGAAAAUGGUGAAAGUAAUUCUUUCGAAAACCCUUCAUACGUGUGUGACUUUGAUGACAAAGAGGAACCAAGACAUGCAGUUCAAUUCUCGCCUCAAAAAAAGCGCUGUACACCAUUCAACUUUGCAGUGGCAAUAUUCAUCUUGGCCUCCGGGGGAUUAGCUGUGUUUCUGAUUGUCAAAUUUUCACAGGACAACUAUGAUGCAGAUCCCACAUCACGACCAAGACUGGGAGGGUUUACCACUAAGCCGCCUGAUACAGGAGUGAACUUUGAUGUUACUUUGAGACUCUCAAAUCAAAUUUGGACUGAUGAUUUCUUGGACACAAGCUCUGAAGCGUAUAGGAAUUUAUCAAACAGCCUAACGGAACAGAUCAAGGAAGGUUUGAACGCGACAGAAACCGGACCUAACCUUAGUGGCGUGUUUAUAACCGGGAUAAGAAAUGGAAGUGUUAUCAUUGAUGUUCUCAUACAACUAAAGAACCCCUCAUUAGCACCAACUCUAUUAUCGAGUCUGAGGAAUGCAACUGAGAGGGCAAAAUCAAGUGGAUUACUCCCUUUACUGGCGGAUGUUGACACUGAAAGCAUUUACAUUUCAUUAACUUUACAAACAACUACAACAGUUAUAAAAGAUACAACUUCCGUUAUGACAUCAUCCUCAUCAUCAAUAACAUCAUCAUCACCUACGCAAAUAUCAUCAUCGUCAACAACAUCUUCAACAACAACACCAAUAUCAUCAACAACAACUUCAUCAUCAACAAACACACCAAUAUCAUCAUCAAUUAGAUCAUCAUCAUCAUCAUCAUCAUCAUCAACUUCAUUAUUAACAUCAACACCAUCAUCAUCAUCAAUAUCAACGACGAUGGCAACUGAAACAAUGACAACACCAACAACUUCACCGUCAAAAAAUGUCACGACAGUAGUGUCUUCAACCCCAUUGAUGACAACAGCGUCAUCAACGCCAGCAAGCUUUACACCAUCAACAUCUUUACCGCCCCCAAUGAUGACGACAACGGGGAUUAGAAUAAUAUCUCCCUGCAAUAACACAGCCUAUCUGACCAAAACCUUAACAGAACAAUGUCUGAAUACAACCCAGCUUAGCGAGGUCCAGCAUUCCACUGUUGAUAUUAAGUGCAAUUUUGUCCUCACUUCCAUAGAUUGUGUUCUGAACCAUAUACAAAAGGAAUUCAAUAUCACAUGUUCAGAGUCUGACAAACAUGCUGCUGCGAAAGAGUUUUCUAGUCUUGUUUCUGGCUAUCUCGGAAUCAAUCCAGAAAUUUGUCUUAUCCCGUCAACCUCCUCACCACCCCUUAUUCCGACGACAACGGCGAUGAAAAUAAUAUCUCCCUGCGAUAACACAGCCUAUCUGACCAAAACCUUAACAGAACAAUGCCUGAAUACAACCCAGCUUAGCGAAGUUCAGCAUGCCACUGAUGAUAUCAAGUGCAAUUUUGUCCUCACUUCCAUAGAUUGUGUUCUGGGCCAAAUACAAAAGGAAUUCAGUAUCACAUGUUCAGAGUCUGACAAACAUGCUGCUGCUAAAGAGUUUUCUAGUCUUGUUUCUGGCUAUCUCGGAAUCAACCCAGAAAUUUGCCUUAUCCCGUCAUCCUCCUCACCACCCCUUAUUCUGACGACAACGGCGAUGAAAAUAAUAUCUCCCUGCGAUAACACAGCCUAUCUGACCAAAACCUUAACAGAACAAUGUCUGAAUACAACCCAGCUUAGCGAAGUUCAGCAUGCCACUGAUGAUAUCAAGUGCAAUUUUGUCCUCACUUCCAUAGAUUGUGUUCUGAACCAAAUACAAAAGGAAUUUAAUAUCACAUGUUCAGAGUCUGACAAACAUGCUGCUGCUAAAGAGUUUUCUAGUAUUGUUUCUGGCUAUCUCGGAAUCAAUCCAGAAAUUUGUCUCAUCCCGUCAACCUCCUCACCACCCCUUAUUCUGACGACAACGGCGAUGAAAAUAAUAUCUCCCUGCAAUAACACAGCCUACCUGACCCAAACCUUAACAGAACAAUGUCUGAAUACAACCCAGCUUAGCGAAGUGCAGCUUUCCACUGUUGAUAUCAAGUGCAAUUUUGUCCUCACUUCCAUAGAUUGUGUUCUGAACCAAAUACAGAAUGAAUUCAAUAUUACGUGUUCAGAGGCCGACAAACAUGCUGCUGCUAAAGAGUUUUCUAGUAUUGUUCAUGGCUAUCUCGGAAUCAAUCCAGAAAUUUGCCUUUCAACAAGUCCAUUGACACCAACCUCGACUCCUACGGCUGACGUGACAACGCAUGGUGUAUCAACUGAAAAACCAACGCUGCCACCGACAACUUCCUCUAGAAUGACAACAAUGUUAACAUCAGAAACAAUGCCACACACGUCAUCCAGAACAACAACAUCUUUACCUGAAACAUCAAAAACAUUAACACCAACAAUAUUAUCCACAACAGGAAAAACAACAAUAUCAACACCUAAAAUAAUGACAUCAACAACAUUAUCACCCACAACUUCAAAGACUACUAAGCUGACAGAAACAACAGCUACGUCUUUUUCAUCUCCCACAACAAUGGAAACAACAAUGUCAUCUCCAACAACAACAACAACGACAACAUUCUCGUCACCCACAAUGACAACGGCAGAGCCACUACCUACAAUGACAACUGUGUCAAAAAUAACUACGUCAUCACCCGUACCAUCAUCCCUGACUACAACAAUGGUAUCAUCCACAGCGAAAACAACAAAAAUAACAUCAUUACCGCCAACCUGGACGUCAGUGUUGUCACCUACUACAAUAGGAACAGUAUUGACAACAGUAUCAUCGACAAACACAUCAUAGCAAAUAAGUUCAUAUGGGGAUGAAUGAAAAAAAAGCAUCUGAGAAAAUGGAUAUAUCCUCCAAUGAUAGGGAUACUGACGUCCAUGACGAUGAAGUGUAGUAAAUCUGAAUUAACUUGGAUGUGUGUAAAUGGUAUAGAUAAUUACUGAAUCAUCUUAAUUAUCAAUCAAAAUCCUCUGUCAUCUACAGACCUAGAAAUGACAUACUAUUGUCAAAAUAAGAAUUUGCGUUUUGAUAUUGACAAAUACAAGACUGUGAACACCAGUUACAAUAAGCUUAGCAUAAUAUAUACGCAUUAUUUCUUGAAAAUUUUGUAGUUAAGUCGUUUUAGCUUUUAAUGCACACCAUUUGUUAUCUAUAUUAUUCCUUAAUUAAAUCAUUUCAUCAUAGCUAAAGUGAGUGUAAGAAUGAAAAAUUAUUCUCCUAGUAUAAUGAUACUCUAUAGAGUUCUUUAGUGUACUCGCUUUACCAACCUGUGCAGAGCGUACAAAGCUCACCUUUAGUUAGUGUAACGUGUGAUGAUAAAUGUUUUGUUAUUAUAUUGAGCAUGAAUCUGAGUUGAUUUUGUGUAAACAUUGUAAGUUUUAUCAAUGUAUUUUGUAUAUGUAACUCUUUGAGGGUUUUGGCGCAAUAAAGGAAGGUUUGGGA